AUGCCAAAGAGACCUCCCAGCCUCCAAAGCGGCAACAGCAACAAUGACAGACUCGAGCCGAAACUCUUGCGCGCCGUUGAGGCCGACAGCAUUCCGGAUGUCAAAGACAUACUGGAGCAAGCACAGGCCAGAGGCCAAUGCAGCGAAUCCUUCCUGUCCAUCGGGCUGGUGAGGGCGUGCGACAAGAGCCUGCCAGAUGUUGCUCGUUUCCUGCUCUCUCAUGGCGCCAGCCCCGACUACGCGUCUGGCAACAAGCCGGCGAGCUUGCUUCGCGCCGCUGAAUAUGGAUCUUUGCGAAUAGCGCAGGUGCUCAUCGAAUAUGCAGCCGAUUUGGAAGCUCGCGACAAGAAAGGUCGCACUGCUCUCAUGACCGCCGCUUACAAAGGUCACAAGCAGGUCGUGGAGCUUUUGCUCGAGGAAGGAGCGCAUGUCGAUUCUGUGGAUCUGCGUAGACGCAAUGUGCUGCACAACAUAGCAGCCGACAAAGGCGACGAGAGAGCGACUAGACCCGGAGAAGCGCCCAAGCGAAAAUGUGGCAUGGACAUUGUACAGUACCUCCUACAAGCAGGUGUGAACGUUGAAGCGGAAGACCACGUCGGCAGAACUCCACUCCAUUGGACAUGCGUGACAGAUCAUGAAGACCUCAUGAAGUUGCUGCUUAGAACCCGAUUUGGAGGUGCCUCUCCUAAGGCCACCGUCAACGCCACGGACAAUCGCGAUAAGACGCCUCUGCAUCUAGCGGCGUCUCAUGGCCGAGGACACCUGGCCCGUAUCCUCAUAGCCCAUGAGGCUGAUAUUCAUGCAAGAUCUGAUGGGGGCUGGACCCCAUUGCACAAUGCUUGUACUCAAGCCUCUGCUAGUCUUGUCCAAACACUGCUCGAUGCGGGGGCUGACGUGAACUGCGAGUUGCUGAACGGGAGAACCCCAUUACACGUUGCUGCUGAGUCUGGGCAUCGAGAGGUGACCGAGUGUCUGCUCAGACAUCCCCGAUGCAGGAGAAAUUCCAAGGACAGAUUUGGCAACACCCCACUAUUGAUAGCGGCUCAACAUGGAAAUAAGGAGAUUGUGGAAAAGCUUGCUCCCUGGAACCAUCUCAAUGAUCUCUCGACCGAUGAGAAAGCAGCCUCACAGCAGUUCAAUGCCACGAUUGUCGAUUUCGGGAACUUCAAGAACGAGAACAGAGUAACAAGACGGUCAGUCUACGAAGUGCUCUAUGCUAGAGAAGCACGGGACCCGACCAGGCAUGCGGUUAGCACGCUGGCAAAGAAUGUCAAGGGCUCGGAAUUUCGAUGGAUCCACCUACCGGCUAAUAAUAUAGCCUGGUGCGAUGCUCUACUCACGAAACGCUUUAUUGAAGAAGGCGCCACAGACGUCGAGGGCUACAAAGCCUUGGAGAUGUCGUUCACCCAUCAACAUCGCGGGCAGCAACAGCACUCACAGUUCAUGCGGCCCCAAUGUCAAGUGAUUCAUCGCGCCUUAGAAGAAGUCGAUCUGAUACCGCCCAUAGACAAAGCGGGGCCUCCUGCGAUUAUGCUGCAAGAUGCUCACCUUCUCACAGCUGUUCCGGAAGAUAUACUGGAGAGCCCAACCGCAGCGAAGCUGCAUGAUGCUGGUAAGGCCAACGGCGAGAUACAAGCGACUGCAGGCGCGGAACCUACGAGUGGCACAAAACAGAGACCCAAAUCCAGCAAGGGCACUGGGAGACAGGACACGACAACUGCGGAGUCUUCGGGCACCAGAGCAGCCAAGCAAACCUCGAAAUCCUCGCAGCCUCAAGUGCAACGGCAGGAGACCGCUUCAACGAUCGCGACAUCUGAGACGUCUGUGACUCCAAAGCAGAACUCGAGACCCAACAAAGCCAAUAAGCCUUCCAAGUCGCCAGGGAAACAGAAGCAACGCAAGGAGUCCGGCAGCAGUGUCGACAAGCCAGACAGGCACGCAACACAGAGGAGAUACAACGCUUCGCGCAACGUCUUCCUUUUCAUGCCCUACCUGCAUUUUGAAACAGACAGGCGUCGUAGAGAGAUGCAUCUGGCGCUGGAGAAUUCACAUCUGCUCACUCACCACGAAGCUGAUUUCGUACUGAUACGGGCGCACUUGGAGAAAUCGAGCUCGUUCCUGCAAAUCCGCCGAACGCUUGAUCAGUACUUUUAUCACAACAUCGACACGAAGGUACGCGAUGCCGACCAGGUGGUGUACCGUUUCCAGAAGAAUCAUGGAAAAAGGCCAGAUGACGAGAUAAAGGUGUUCAUGGUCGAUCAACUAUUCAUGUGGGUCCUCGGAAAAGAUUUGGUGGUUACUGCGUUUCCUCAGAGAUGGCGCCAACCCCGUAACGAUGCUCUGAAUGUGCUGGAAGGUAUCAUUGAAGACAUCAACUCGAAAACGCGAGAGCCUGUACAGAAUGUCUACCAGCUUGCGAGCACCAUCGUAGGUCGGUGCCUGGGCACAUUCGAUCGACAUAGGAAAGGUGACGAAGAGUUUGCGUUUAUGGACAUGUUCGAGGCGUCGAUUGGAGAUGCUAUGGACAAAGAGGCGUCGUUGUUCGGCGAGUUCUCCGUCGCAUCGCAACAAGCUUCAGAAUGGCUUAGGACACACCAACGACCAAACCGAUUCUCGAGAAAUCUCGAAGCCGAUUCAAAGGCGCAUCAACACGCGGCUAAGAAAGCUGACCAGUUCCACUUUGACGAGCUACAGGAUCAUGAUCCACAAUUCCUCGACCAACUUCUGGAUGUUGGCGCAGAAACCGACCUCCUAGCUGAGAUUAAGGAUAUUCGAGAUGAGCUUGACAUCAUUCGCAUGGUGCUUGAUCACCAGAUGAACAUCCUGCCGGACCUGAAAGACGCGGUCAAGGACACUUAUCGAGAUGAUCGAUCGCUUGGCCACCGCUCGCUGGAGCAGCUGCGAAAGGUUGACAAAGGCUUCGAGGAGCAAGAGAAGACCAUCAGCAAUCCUCUGAAGGAUAUUGACAGGAUGGACAAACAAGCCGAGCGCAUUUAUACCAACAUCCGCGACUUGCUGGAUCUGAAGCAGAAACACGCCAACGCAUUCGAAGCGCGAUUUGCCCGAGACCAAGCAGCGGGUACACAAAGGCAAGGGCAGACGAUUAUGGUGUUUACCAUUGUCACUGUAAUCUUCCUGCCAUUGUCGUUCAUCGCGGCGUUCUUCGCAAUCAACGUGGACCAGUUUCCGCACGACGAACGAACAGGCCAGCAACAGAUGUCUCUGGGCUACGUCUCGCAGUACAUCUUUGGCAUUGGACUCGCCAUCUCCAUUCCCUGCAUCGCCAUUGCGCUCUCCGUCGACGAACUAGGCUAUGCCAUGAACGAAGCGAAGAGACGCCUGCGCAAGAAAUGGCUUCUGUGGAAACGCCGAACGGAUGAUCCGGAGAUUGAACAUCACUUGCAGACGAUCAAGAUCGAACACACUCUGAGCUUGGCGAAGAGUAUGCGACGCAGCGGUGAUGUGCGGCGGAGUGGGGAUUUGGCGUGGCAUGGGAAGUCGCGGAGUCGGAGUGUGGUCGGGAGACGGCAAGAGAGUCCUUGGGAAGGGGUCAGGUGGCGACAGCCGCAGGCGAGUUGGGACGUUGAAAGGGGAAGACGCAAAGCCUAA